CACCAAACGGGAGCAAACGUAUCUCAAAGUCUGUUCAAUAACAUUUUGGGGAAACGUGUCAUUCAGUGCAAACCGUUCCGCAACGUAGCAAACGUUCAAGCGAACUGAAUGCACCUCAGGCAUUGUGAUAUCUGACAUGUCUGCAAUCAGUCAGCCUGGAACCAGGCCAUUCACUGCACACACUGACACCUGAAUUUAGCAAUAAAUUCUGCACAGGUGCUACCUGGGUCAAUUAACCUCAGUGCCCUUACAGAGGCUACAAGAGCAGUUGGCGUGCGGUGCAGUGUCCUUUUGAUUGAGAGUGUGCAACCGAAUAGACGACUGUUUUCAGGAGACAAUGAACGGGGUACCCCACAAACAGGACUCGGGUCAUCGACAACAGCUCUUCAACUGCAACCAUGCUGAUUAUAGGGCAACGUUCACACGAGAGUGGCGUUUGAAAGAGCACGAGACCGUGCACACGGGAGAGCAACCUCUUCAAUGUAAAGUGGCUGAUUGUGGCAAUCGUUUCUCACGGAAUUCUCACAUGCGCCGCCACGCACUUGGCCACACCGGGGUGAAAAAAUUCAGAUGUACCUUUGUGAGUUGCACAAAGACUUUCUUCAACGCGGACAAGUUGAAGAGACACGUCCAUUAUGCCCACGGAGAAAAGGACACGUACUUUAAGUGCAAUUUCCCAAAUUGCUCAUUGACAUUCAAGAAACGGAGGGUGUAUAAAUUACAUUUGAAGGCGCAUGGAACAUCUUCUAAUUUCAAAUGUUCAAAGAGAGGAUGUGGAGUCACGUUUGACACCCAUGUCGCUCGCAAAGCCCAUGAGAAGAAACAUGCAGGGUACCGCUGCUCACAGCCUGAAUGCAAUCAUUUUGAGCAAACUUGGGGGAAAAUGCACAAGCACAUGGCGAAACACCAGGCCACAUUCACCUGUAAACUGUGCCAGAAGGUGUUUAAGCAUGUGGACUCUCUGCGUAGACACAAACGGACCCAUGCCCUGCAGAAGCCUGUCCUGCUGUGCCCCAGCAGCGGCUGCAAGGCCUACUUCUCCACUACCUUCAACCUGCAGCACCACAUCCGCAAGACCCACCUGCAGCUCCUCAAGUACCAUUGUUACUUCCCCGACUGCCAUAGGACAUUUGCCAUGCGGGAGAGCCUGAGCCGACACCUGGCUCACCACGACCCAGAGGCCAGCCCUGAGAAGCAGAAGCGCAAGCGGAACAAGAAGGCCUGGCAGAAGCGUCUGGAAGGCCACCACCAGCUGCCACUGGUGGAGGACGACCUGCAGCACCUCUUCGCCUUGCGCAUGAGGGUGUCACGACGGGUGACGGUGGAGGCUGGCCUCUUCAACGAGCGCAAGAUUCCCCACUUUGUGGACUCGGAGGUCAACCUGCGUGACCUAUUCAGCAUCAAGCCCCCUCACUCCCCCCACCCUGCAGAGCAAGGCCCUGUGGAGGUCACCCAGCCAGAGGUCACUGAUCAAGGGUUAAAGGUCAAAUCAAAGGAUCAACUUGUAGCCUGAAGGUGCCAUACAAAGUAUAGAUGUCUGACAGUACCAUAUUGAAGUAGUUGUAAAUACUAGUAAAGUACCAUUGCUCUCUUAGUUGAUUUAAACCGUUUGAGUUUUUGAAUAAAUUAAUAUUUUAUGGUACAGCUAAAGCUAUUGGUCUUAUUGAUUUCCUGUAUAAAAGCACUUGAGUUUUGUUUAUCUGCCUGACCAGAGCUGACCCAAUAAAAUAUUCAUUUGAAGGCAA